UCGUCUGAUCGGUUGCGCCCAGCUAUAUGGCUAUUUGGUCAUUCUCCUCUGCCAAAGCUCGCCCAGUACUCAGAGCUUCUCGGUUACCUUAUUCCUGAUGCUAUAUGGUAUAUCACCCAAUGGCUCCAAUCUAUGCCCGUACUACGAGCAAGCUUCAAGCGUCAGUCUCUGUUCGGGUUUUAGUCGAAGAACUGGAACGGCAUCAAUAUGCGCGCGACUCUCUAGGUUCAACGUCGGCAAAGCCAGGAUGUUUCUUUCGAUUGAGCGCAUUGUAGAGCCUGUAGAUUGACCGAUUUAUGUUGUGAUACUCAAAUUACAACCAGAACUUGCACAAUGUUAAUCGUAACUUCGUUAUCUCCCACAAUAUUUUACACAGUGCCGCUUGCCAUA